AUGGAGCCGUGGAUGAGCUGGGCCGUGUUCCUGGCCAUUGGAGGCGCCGUCUACUGGUACUACAUGCAUCAAGGCAAUACCGCUGUUGCGCGAGGACGAUCGACCACUGGCAAGCCCACUACCAACUCCCUCAAGGAGGCGGUCAAUUGGGACAGCUCGGAGAAGAAGCCCAAGGCCGCACAGAAGUCUGCAAAGCCCAAGGCGCCUCGCAAGUCAGUCAAGACGGCUGUUGAAGAUGCCGGCAACAAAGCUGCCGCUACGCUGUCGCAAGCCGCCCCCAAGCAGGCUGCCGAUGAGGAAGUCGCACCGCCCGCCGCCUACACGAACAAGGCCCCAAGCGGCAAGGAUGUCUCUGACAUGCUCGGUGAGCGACCCGUCUCCCCUGCUGUCAUGAGCAUCAAGCCCUCGGAGAAGCCAGCCAAGUCGGUCAAGGCCCAGACACAAAAGGCAGAGGUCGCGACCGAAUCCAAGAAGCAGCGCCAGAACAGGAAGAAGGUCGAAGAGGCCAAGGCGGCGCGUGAGGAAGAGGAGAAGGCGCGCAAGGCUCUUGAGGAGAAGCAGCGUCGCGUCGCUCGUGAGGCUCGUGGUGAGCCGGCCAAGAAUGGUCUUGGACAGAGCAAGCCCCCUGCCUCGAACCCUUGGACCGAGGUGCCCUCUCGUGGUGCUGUUCAGCCUCCCAAGCCCGCUUCGACUGGUCAACUCCUCGACACCUUCGAGGCUCCCGUCCAGACUGCUACUAAAACCACUGCCCCUACCAGCGGCGCUGCUAAGACUUCUACCCCUCUCAACAGCCUCCCCUCUGAGGAAGAGCAGAUGAGACUGGCUAUGGAGGACUCGGCCUGGACCACGGUUCCCAAGGGCGGCAAGACGAAGCGCAAGACCGUGAACGAGGAACUCGCUGAAGAGCUCAAUAACGUCACCGAGACGAAGCCGCAGCAGUCCGCCAAGCCAGUUCGUCCAACGGAGACCAUCAAGGAGAACAAGAACCCCAGCUCUCGGUACCAGAUCCUUGCCGAAGAGUUCAACCCCAAGACUGGCGACGACGCCGAUGACUGGGCGGUCAUGUGA